AUGAAUGAUUAUUUAAUUAUAUUUGUUUCAUGUCGCCCUAAGCCCUUGCCUUUCGAGCAACUAAGUCCUCGGCGGAGAACAAAAGGCCUUACCAAUCACCAAUUUGUAGGUACGGAUUGAGGCGUUCUGUAGAGAAAAUCAGCCGAAUUUCUUGUUGGACAGAAGAUGGGUUUUGAAAUGGCGGAGAAAUUCUGUUCCUAAUUUGACGAAUUCACUUUUCUCAAUCGAAAAAAACCUAACAAACUCCUCUUCUUGGCAAAUCAUCAUCAUCAUCAUCUUCGACUGGACGGAUUGGUAAUUGAUUGUUGUUUCUAAGAGGUUAGCUUUUACUUGGGUUGCUUGGUCGAUUCUCGUUCAGAUCCGUUCGACUUCAUAACUGUUGCUUUAUACUAUUGAAGUAGAGUUCAGGAAUUCUUGUGGAAUCGGAUUUGGGAGGACAUGUUUUCGCAGGAACUCCCUCCAUUUGAACGUAACUUUUGAUUUUCUUGAGUGUUGGAUUGUGUCUUCUGAGGGUUUCGGGGUAUCUCCCCUCUUUUAACAGAGAGAUUCUUUUGUUGUUGUUGAUUUCUUCAGCAAAACGAAGAUUGGGAUUCUUUGAUCCUUUGUAGUGGAUUCAGACAAUUAUACCGAUACCUAAUUGCCUCUGAUUUUUUUUUUUUUUCGAAAUUAUGCAUCCCCGUCAACGUAAUACGGGAAAUGGGUUUAGGUCUAGUUCCAUGGGAGUGGGAUUAGCUUCUUCUCGAAUCUCUCCUGAGGGAUCGGUUAGGGGCCAUGGAGGCGGAUAUGGGAAUGAUUAUAGGAACUUCAAUCACCCGAGUGGCUUUGGGCGUGGUCAGGGAUACCCCAAAUCAUAUCAAUCAGCUCAACCACUGCCUCCUCCGCGAAGAGGUGGAGGUUCUGUUGACAUUUUUAUGGAAGCAGGUCGUCUUGCAGCUGAAUAUUUGGUUUCUCAAGGUUUGCUCCCAUCUAGUGUUUUAUCUGGUAAAUGGCAAGGUGGAAGUUUGAGGAGGGAGUCUUCUGAAUUUCAGGAAUUAGGUCCAUUUCGCGAAGAAGGACGAACAUCUACUACUGCCCCUCCCCAUUCAGGACAUGUUGGACCUGAUUCUGGGUCAGGUAGGAGGCAUCCAAAUGAUGAGUAUAGUUCAGCACCCUCACGAAAUCAUUUGAGAGGACGAAGAAGAUCCACAUCUUUCCGAAGUAGUGGUUCUGAUUGGAGUGGCCAGGAUUACAGUAGGAGUAAUAAUUACAAUGAUAGAGCUAGAGCUUCUCCAGGUACAGAGGCUUAUGAUGAUACUGAUAAUCUUUAUGUUUAUGGUAAUCAACAGCAAACUGGUGAAGAAGGUGGUACUGAAUUGCAAGAUCUCAAACCUUCCAAGUUAGAACGAAAAGUUGAUACGCCUGAGGAUUCAGGACCUGAACUGGUUAAGUACCCUUUGCCUGAUGAUGCAGGCUCAAAGGCAAGUACUUCUGCUGUUGGGAAAGAUCUUCCAUCUGAGUCAAAACUUGCUAAAGAUUCUGAUGAUUUAAGUAACAUAGAUUCAGGGUCUGAGGAGGUGAAAAAUAGUACCAAUAUCAAUGAAACUGAGAAACACUGUGUGGCGGAGAAACUAUCUGUCCAGAAUGAAGCUGAUGAUGGAGAUCCCUUGGUGAAGCAUGAGACUGAUCUACUAGCAUUCUGCAGAUUUACUAAGUUCCCCACCAAAACUCGCUCCGCAUUGGCAUACAAGGUUUCCAAGGCAGAUCCUGUUACAACUGUGUCAGAACAACCUGUUGUCAACACUAACAUAGAAUCUGAAAUUUCACUUGACAGUAACCCUUCUAGUUGCACAUUAUCUGGUGCUGUAUCAGCUAAAAAACAUGAUGUCGAGAAUAUAAACUCUGAAAGAUCUAAACCAGAAGCUGUUGAAAAAACUGGUACAAUGGAGGAGCUAUAUCCUAGAUUUGGUGAGAAGGCUAGCUCUUUGACGUCUCAAUCUUUCCAGCAUGGACCAUUUUGGAAUGAGAGCAAGGAAGAAUCUUGCCAAAGCCCUGCCGUAAUUGGAAGGAGUGAUAUGUUUGAGGAAAGGAGUCAAAAGCGAUCUUUGGAUGAGAGUGAUGUGGCGGAGGGGAACAAAAAACCAAGAGAAUGGAUUCCGUUGAUGACUUCUAAGGAAGAUGAAUCCUUUGACCUUCUGAAGUUUGAUAAAACGAAAGUUAGUUCUGAGGAAAGCAAACAAGCAUGUGAUAAUGAAGUUAUUGUAGCAGACUGUGUGAACUCAGUGGAUGGUUUUCAUUUCAUAAAAGGCGGGGGUGAGCAAUGUGUUGAUUAUGCACAAGAAAAACAGCUCUUUCCGAAUUCAUUUAAGAUCUGUGACCUUAACCUUAUGGAGGCUUCUGAUAUACAUGAUAAUCAUGAAAAUAAUCCCCUUCUCAUCUUCCCAUCUAUUUCUGAAACAAAAAGAGAAAGAGCACCUCUUGAUAUCGACUUGUCUAUAAGCAAUGCUACUGAAUUUGGUCGAGAUAGUGUGGUGACUGGCGGUAAAGAGAUUGAAAUUAUUGAUUUGGAAGAUGAUUCUACUGCCGAAGUAGACAAGACCUUCCAUAAUCCAGAGAGAAAGUGUGAAACUGUAUUUACUGGAUUGGAUGGCUUUCCCAACAAUCCACAAAAUAGUGGAGAUAUGCCUGAUGUUCAAGAUGGCUAUGGACUUAUGAUUUCAGAGUUGCUUGGAGCAGAAUUCCCCAACUGUGCUUCUGUACAAGGAGACAUUAAUUCAAUGCACAAUGAAAUGCCUCUUUCCAAUGGAGAAGUACUUCCUUGCUCAUAUCCAACUUCGUCAUUUAUUGAAGAUUCUUCUUUUUGAUACUUUGGCUGGCUUCUUAAAGAUUAUAUUGUUGAAGCUCUGGCGGAUGAUGAUCUAAUUUACAUGUCCCUGGGGGAAAUUCCAUUGAGUAUGCCAGAAUUUUAAUUUCUUUUGUCCAUCAAUAUAGUUAUGUGAUCAAUCUACCAAAGAUGCUUGGACGCCCUUGAAUAAGUUUAACUUAAUGUGAUAGUAGGAGUUGUGUAUUAUGAAAAAGGGAAGAUAUGCAAUUGUUUCCCCAUAGAUUUCGAAGGUCUAAAUUGUAUGUUGGGAAAGGAAAUAGGUGAAAUAUUGUAAGACAGAAUGAUAGCUCGUGGUCUGUAUUAGCCAGUUCUCUUUACUUUCUUCAUUUGCUUGCUACUUAAUUAAUUCUUGCCCUCUUUACAUCCCUGUAUAUCUAUGUAUUUUUCUUGUAUCAAUCAGCUUUCAGUCAAUGAGGAAACAAUUUCUAAGAGCAGAGGGAAGCCAAAUACAUAAGUUUUUGCUUGUGAAUUAAAUCAAACUUUAUAACCUGGAGCUUGAGGAGAAGACGUCCUUUUGUCUAGUAUCAACCAGCUGGAGGCGCCGAACAGUUUAGGGAGUAGGUAAUAUAGGAACAUUCAAAUGCUCGGAGCAGACAAGGGUGUAGGUCGUCUGAUGAAGAUUUUAGACUCUAGAAUGAACUCAAGGUCAGUAUCCAGCUGCCUGCACAAAUUGCAUCACUCUGUUGUUGCUGAGUUGUUGACAAUGUUGUUCAAUAUUCCUUUGUUUUCCAGUUUUUUAUGCAUAUCUUACUCUUGUUUAAGUUGAUGCUGUGAGCAAAGGAAACCUUGAUCUUUUCCUUA